AAGUCUAUUAGUAUUAAUAACGUCAAUCACUUCCGCGCUAGAAAUUAGUCAUCAACACCAUAAUCCUUCUCUCUCACCGAUCACCGGAUAAUUAAGGGCCAGCUCAAGCUAGGCCACCAUCACCGCCACCACACCAUGGGUUCGCGUUCCGGCUCGUCGACGACGACGAGUACGCCGCCAGUGGCGCCGGAUGAGAACCGGCCGCCGGUGGUCAAAGGGCCGGCGAUCUUCAGCUACACCUGCGCUGGCCUCGUCACGGGCGUCGCGCUCGUCGCCGUCGUCGUCUUCUACUGCAACCGCCACGUCCGGAGGCGCGCGCAUGUCGUCGUCGCCGGCGGCGGCGGGCGAGAGGACGACGACGUGCGCAGCGUCGCUGGCGUGGCGGCCAAGAUCCCGGAGUUCGCGUACACCGGGUCGGCGAGCGGCGGCGAGGGGGCGGCGCAGUGCUCGGUGUGCCUCGGAGCGGUGCGGGGCGGCGAGAUGGUGCGGCGGCUGCCGGCGUGCAAGCACCUGUACCACGUGGAGUGCAUCGACAUGUGGCUGGCCUCGCACGCCACGUGCCCGCUCUGCCGGACGGAGGUCGAGCCGCCGCCGGGGGACGACGGCGGCCGACCUGCGCCGGCGGCGGGUGAGUCGUCGCCGACGGAGGCGCUGCCACCGGUGUAGCACUGUAGCUAGCUAGCUAGGUCCGUCCAUAGUCAUCACAUCACAUCACAUCAUGAUUAGUUAAUUCAUACGUUUUGGGCAUAUCAUUUCUUGAUUUGAACCUUAAUCUAGCUUGGCAUGUAUGUGCUUUGGUUCAGCUUUGUAUUUGUAAUUAAAGAACACUGAGAAAGAUUGCUGUAAAAUAUAUACGUUCUUGGUUUUGAAAUCACAGGAUUUCAGGGCAACAUUUUUUCUGUUUUUACCUGGGUUUAAUUGUUGUUUAUUAUCUAAAAAAAUUGGUCCUUAAUUUGCCGUACAGAUUUGAAAUUGCGUGUGGUUAAUUUUAUUUAUUUUUUUCCAAUAGCAACAAAAUUAGCCCUUUUUUUAUUUUCUUUAGUCAACUAGUACCGUACUAGUUUUCAGAAGAAAAAAAACAAUAGUGCCGUACUCAGCCGUAUAAGCUACCUUGAUUCUCACAUAAAGCCAUAAACAAACAUGCAUGAUAUUUCGUUGAAUUCAAAACUUUCUUCUCGUUCGUUGCUAUCACAAGAGAGAGAACAGAAAACUCGCAAACACAAUAUCUCAUAUAC